CCUCAGCCUUUUUGCACAUUGCAUCCUUUAGCACUUUAUACUCUUUGCUGUAUUUCUUAGAAACCUAGUCGUAAUUCAUCAUGCUUGGUGUAGACAAUCAUAUCGUGAGUAGCCACGGCAUCAACAAGCUCGCUAAAACUCUUGAAGAUGUAGAUAUAAACGAGAAGGAAGACAGAAGCAACGAAAAGAACAACGAGGUGAGUUCACAGCUAAUAACGAAUUAUUCGAUUUUGGCGGGAGAAAAAAAAUCUGGGUCCCUAUUCCCCGUUCCUUUUUCUCACAAGGCCUUAAAUAUCGACAAACCAUUAAAAAACGAAAGUAGUAUUUCACUUUCUUUUCGGUCGAAAUUUAAUUUCUGGUCCCUCACAAGUUUUUACGAAAGAAGCGUUUACUUCUCGAAAAGUAUGCCUGCACGAGGCCACAGAGCGACAGUAUGGUUUGCUUGAGAGGUAUUUAUGUUACUUAAGCACGUUUGAAUACGGUGUAGUUACGGAUUUGCCUGUGUUUUUUCUUCGUUUUUUUUUUUUUAACCAGAAGUGCUGUGGAAAACUCCUGCAGGGAUCUAAUGUAAAUUUUAUAAGCCCGCGCUGAAUUACUUAACGGUAUUUGGCGGUCAAAUGCAGAACUCAGGUUGAGAAAUGAAAGUUCAAGCCACAACAAAAGCUUAUUUCAACAGCAUUUUUUGUGAAAGCUCUGGGAAUAUUUAGAAUUGUUAAGAAUUAUACAAAUUUUCUUAUUUUCCGUCAGACUCGCGGACCGGUGAAGCCAGUUUACAAAUCUCCUUCAAAAUUUGACAACGAGGAUGAACCGCUCCUACGUGAAAAUCCGCGAAGAUUUGUCCUUCUUCCUAUCCAGUAUAAAGAUAUUUGGGAAAUGUACAAAAAGGCUGAAGGUAAGGAAAUCAAACCCUACCCUUAGAAGCUACUAUCUUUGUGCGAGUGACCCGGCCGGUAUAUUACAUAAGCUGCCAGGAAAGUUGCAUUACUUAUAUAUUAUGCAAGCUAUUUGGUGCCCGGUAUGUUAUAUAAUCUCAAAAGGUAAUUAGCCAGUCCCAGAUGACCAGGAAAUUUUAAUGGUUUUUUUCUAAAGACUGGUAUGAAAGGAGGAAAUUUGUAGACGUCAUUAUUAGAAUAAAUCGUGUUCCAUAGCUAUUAUAUUUCAAACAAUUUUUUUUUCCUCAUUAUAGCAUCCAUCUGGGUAGCGGAAGAAGUUGAUCUCUCCAAAGACAAAGAUGACUGGGCUAACCUUUCGGUGAGUUCAAAUCUGUCUUUCUAUCUGCAUGAUACAUAAACUGGCUGAUAAUUUACUUCUGAUUGCCUACCUGCUUACAGCUUAAAUGUUAUUACAUUCUUUUGUUAAUUUUUAUUUUAUUCACAGGAUGAUGAAAGGUAUUUUAUUUCCCAUGUUCUUGCCUUCUUUGCUGCCAGUGACGGCAUUGUAAAUGAAAACCUGGUUGAGUGUUUUAGCCAGGAAGUGCAAGUUCCUGAGGCAAGAUGCUUCUAUGGCUUCCAAAUUGCAAUUGAGGUAAGUUUGUAUUUGCAACUAAUAUUCUAAGUGCCGUUUUUUUCCCAGGAUGGUCUUAACAGAAUCAGCAGUAAGUUGUAACAAUAACAACCAAGCUGUAGUGUGUCUUCUAUACAAAAAAAAACCUUGACAUUUUCAAGUUGACAAAAAUUUUUAUUUUGAAAAGAAUGAGGAAAAAAGAACUUUAUCAAUAAGUUUGAUAACUCGUAAACAACUUACUCCAAAGUUAAAUUAAUCACUUUUUCCCCUUUUAAGAAUAUUCACUCUGAGAUGUACAGUCUGUUGAUUGACACCUACAUUGAGGACCCUGAUGAAAAGUAAGUGAAAAAACUACAUGAUCUUUUUUACUUUGUUAGGAGACAAAAUUCAAAAUGUUUGCUCAAUUGAUAUUACAUUUAUGUUAAUUAAAAUAAAAUCACAUUGAUGUAGUCCUUAAAUCAGUGUUUGUUUUGCAGGGAAAAUCUUUUUAAUGCUAUUGAGACAAUGCCUUGCGUCAAAAGAAAAGCUCAGUGGGCUUUGAACUGGAUCAAUCCUGAGAGAGUAAGAUUUCAUUUUGUAGACUUGAACUUUUUUCUUUUUCUUUUUUCUUUUUCUUUUUCUUUUCCAUUCCUUUUAUUAGCACUCAUAUUAAAUUAUUGUAAAACAUUUUGAUGAGACAAAUGUCCAAACACUCGCCUUAUUUUUUUUAUUUAUUUAUUUUUUUUGUAACAGGCUUCUUAUGGUGAGAGGGUAGUUGCCUUUGCUGCUGUGGAAGGAAUCUUUUUUUCUGGUUCUUUUGCUGCCAUUUUCUGGCUAAAAAAGAGGUAAGUGAUGUCCAAUUAACUAUCAAACCUCUUUUUUUUUUUGUUUUGUUUUCUUUGGGAUUUUAAAUUAAAUUUCAGGUGAAAAAAGUUGCUAAUCUACUUCUGUUUCAAAUUUGCAUCAAAAGGGGCAAGAUGCCUGGACUUACAUUCUCAAAUGAGCUCAUCAGUCGUGAUGAGGUAAGUUACUUAAGGAAGGUGAAUAUCUUUAAAUCACUGCUCAAAAAAUAUUUUCCUGUUUCAAAUCCUGACAAAAAAAUAAAACUUCUUUCCAACAAUUAAGGACUAACCUUAAGAACUAAGUAAAGAGAAGACUAUGAAACUUUUUUGACACUAUUUUCUUCCAAAAGAUAUAUAUCCCUUUAGACCUCUUAGAGUGACCAGCAAUUUCUUUUUACAAUAUCACCCCAAAUCUCACAUUGUCACAAGAAUACAGGAAAUGAUCAACUAAAGGAACUCUUGGUAAUUACGCAAAUUUUCCUUGUCAGCACCUUAGCAAAUGUAUAAUGGACAGUAUAAGCAUAGUGAUGUUAAUAUAAACACUUUCUUAUUCCAGGGUCUUCACUGUGAUUUUGCUUGUUUGAUGUUCUCCUACCUAAAAAACAAGCCCUCACAAGAAACCAUUGUCGGAAUUAUCAAGGAUGCUGUUGAAAUUGAACAAGAAUUUCUAACAGAGGCCCUUCCAGUGAGACUCAUAGGCAUGAACCACACCCUUAUGAAGCAGUACAUUGAAUUUGUUGCUGACAGACUUUUGGUGGCUCUCCAUUGCCCCAAGGUAUGAACUAAGACAGUUUCUCUUUACAAUGUCAAUAUAAUAUCUGAUUACAGACUGAAUUGGAUGACAAAAGUCUUGUUAUUAAUUCAUUAAAACUAUGAUGACAUUUUUAAAAAAAACUAGACAUCAGUGAAACAUUUCCAUCCAAAAAAUUAACAAUUAUUUAGCAAAAUGAACAACAACAGCACACGACAUGUACUGACCACUUACACAGGCAUGAUAUGUCAACUGUCCAAUUACAGGCAUGGUUUGUACACUGUCCUAUCUGUGUUCUAAUUGAGCUGGUGAUAAAUAUCAAUUUGGUGAUUAAUUGAUCCUCUACCAACUUCUCAUUACUUACACAAGAAUUAUAUGGCAGACAGGAACACAACUAACUAAUGAAUGGAAGGUUAAAGAAAUGCAAAAUUGUUGAUUUGUGGGGUUUUUUUCUUAAGCAUCCAAAAAUUUUAUAGCAUUUAAGAGCUUGUGACAUGCUGUCACUGAAAGGUUUAAAACCAACUUACAAUCUUGUAACUCUUUUUCUUAACAGGUUUUUAAUGCAAAAAAUCCAUUUGACUUCAUGGAAAACAUUUCUUUGGAAGGAAAGACCAACUUCUUCGAGAAAAGAGUUGCAGAAUAUCAGCGUGCAGGAGUUAUGAAGAAAAAGUCUGAGGAUUCCCACAAAUUUACCACAGAUGAGGAAUUUUAGACAAUUUAUGAGAGCUGUGGGAAGGAUAUAUUUUUUUAACAUUUAGAACAUGAACUAUUUUAAAAUUACAUGUACAUUCUUGCAUAAAACUGUAAAUAUCACCUACAUCUGGAAAGGUUUUGCAAAUUGUUUUUUUUGUAAUUAGCAACUUAUUAGUUCAAAGUCUUUUGUGUACAAAGUUUAAACUUUUUCACUCAGACUGUUGAGUUUAGCUUUUCCUUUUUUGAGAUUUUGUAUGUAUUUUAAUAUGCCUUACUUUUUAUUAAAAGAAGUUUUAAGAAUUUUUGUCAUUGUUUUAUACAAGGACUGCGGUGCUCUGGGUAUUUGGUAAAAAAAAAUCUGCCAUGGUAGUGAGAGUCCUAAAAUGUACAUUUUCAGACCUGGAAAACAGUUGGAU